AUGAACAACUCCACAGGGGCUAAUGUGAAUGAAACAGACUGCAAGGAGGUGAAAAUUCCCAAUGAGAUAUUUUUUGCCAUCACAAUGGUGAGCCUAACGGAGAACCUGCUGGUGGUGGUGGCCGUCAUAAAGAACAAGAACCUUCACUCCCCCAUGUACUGCUUCAUCUGCAGCCUCGCUCUGUUCAACGUGCUUUCCAGCGUGUCCAAGGCCUUGGAGAACACCAUGCUGGUGUUCACCGACGCGGGCCGCUUGGAUUCUAGGGGGAAGUUUGAAACGAAAACGGACGACGUGAUGGACACUCUGCUUUGUAUGUCCUUCACGGGAUCUAUUUUCAGCUUGUCAGCCAUUGCUGUUGACCGGUACAUUACCAUUUUCCACGCCUUGAGGUACCACAACAUAAUGACCAUGAAACGCGUAGCUGUCAUCCUGGGAAGCAUAUGGACAUUUUGUGCGGGGAGCGGCGUGGUCAUGAUCAUCUUUUUCCGCGCUACUGUGAUUAUGACCUGCUUCAUAGCGCUCUUUCUGGUGUCCCUUGUUUUAAUUCUGAUUUUGUACGUGCACAUAUUUCAGCUGGCCCGGACACAUGUCUGGAAAAUAGCGUCUCUGCCAGGAAAUCGUUCCCGCCAGAAGAACAACAUGAAGGGAGCCAUCACACUGACAAUUCUCUUCGGCGUUUUUAUCAUCUGUUGGUCGCCAUUUUUCUUUCAUCUUCUCAUCUUAAUGGUGUGCCCACUUAACCCCUACUGUGAAUGCUACCGGUCCCUUUUCCAGGUCCAUGUGAUUCUGCUGAUGUGUAACGCAGUGAUCGACCCUGUCAUUUAUGCUUUCCGAAGCGCGGAGCUAAGAAAUACACUAAGAAAAAUGUUUUUUUGCUCAGGUACACGGGUAUGUGGUGGCUAUUUCUGA